AUGAUGAACAAGAUCGUUGUUGGCGCGCUUGGCCUCGUUGCCGGUGUGGCUGCGACGCCAUUGGAGUUGGCAGAGAGAAGCUCGUGCAGAGACGAUAGCCUGUAUAGGUGCUUUGUGGAUGCUCAGUACUCUGCGUCGGCGUCUGCGUACUGCUCUGCCCUCGAUCCGACGAUUCGAACCGUCACGGCAGCACCUCCCGCAGUAACGACGACAGUAUGGACGACCAUCACCGCCGACAUGUCCACCGAUUCCAUCAAUUCAAGGACCACGAUUUACACUGUAACAGUCCCUUCUUCCACGGAGAUUGCCACAGAGACAGACACGGAGACUGUGACCAUUACCACGACUGUCUCAGCUGGUGCCCAGACCAAGCCUCCAUCGCCGCCAGCGACUGUCACAAUCACUUCUCAGCAGCCAGCAAAGCGUGAUAACGGGGCACCGCAGCCGUCCUGCAUGGUCAAGAAAUGCUUCAUCUACUCUCCGGAGCGAAUCACCGCGGCCUGCAGCUGCAUCAAUGUGCCCCCUGAGACGAUUACAAUCACCCAGCCCGGCACCGCCACGACUGAGACAGUGACCUCGACCUCGACCGAAACCCCCAUCAUCACAGCAACAGCAUGGGAAACUGUGAGCACGGAGCUUGUCGACGGCGUCACCACCACAACCACCACCGUCACGUCGACCUCCACCGCCACCAAGACGGCCACCGCCUCGCCCUCGGCAUCCAACGUCGUCCCCAACGGCGACUUCUCGUCUGGCCUCACCGGAUGGAGCAUCAUCAACACCGCCCCCACCGCCUGGGUGAACGCCGGCGUCAGCACCUCGGGCAGCCCCGACGGCAUCUCCAACGCCUACCACAUCACCAACGUCCAGAACAGCGGCCUCGCCUUCCUCGGCAGUCCCACAUUUGGCGUCGACAGGAACUCCGUCUACAGGCUGUCGUUCCUCGUCGACAAUUCCGCGACCGACUCGAGCUGGGUGGCCUACACCACGGCCGACGUCGCCUGCGGUUCCAUGACUCUCGUGAGCGUCGGUGCCGCCACUGCUACGGAGGGGCCGAACGGGUACCGCGUCUUCGCGGCGGACUUUAACACGCCCACGGCUGCGGAUUCAUCAACUCUGGCUCAGUUGCGUUCGUGCCAGGUGCAGGUCGUCUUUCACUCUGCGCCUCAGCUGCCCAAUACGUGGUUCUUGGCCGACGUCUCGGUGACUUAUGUCGGGCCUCUGUCGUCUGCGCCAUAA